GGGCUGAGCUGGAGCUGCCGGGCUCUCCCUGCCAGCCUGGGCCCCGGGAAUGCGCUGAGCUGAGCUGAGCCGAGCUGAGCUGAGCAGCCGCCGCUCCACGGCUCCGAUUCCUGCCUGGGAAAGGUUCUAACUGAGCAGCCCUUAUGACCAACAUGAGCUGGAGCUUCCUCACCCGCCUGCUAGAAGAGAUUCACAACCACUCCACCUUCGUGGGGAAGGUCUGGCUCACCGUGCUCAUCGUCUUCCGCAUCGUCCUGACGGCGGUGGGGGGCGAGUCCAUCUACUCCGAUGAGCAGAGCAAGUUCACCUGCAACACCAAGCAGCCGGGCUGCGACAACGUCUGCUACGAUGCCUUCGCGCCGCUCUCCCACGUCCGCUUCUGGGUCUUCCAGAUCAUCAUGAUCUCCACGCCCUCCGUCAUGUACCUGGGCUACGCCAUCCACAGGAUCGCCCGCUCGGCCGAGGAGGAGGAGAAGCUCAAGGGCUUCAAGAAGAAGAAGCAGUUUGCCCUCAACUGGCAGGCCGUGCGCAACAUGGAGGACGCCAUGGAGGCCGACGAGGAGGAGCCCAUGAUCUCCGAUGACGCGGCCGAGCACGACAAGGCCACCAAGGCCAAGCCCAAGUGCAAGGAGCAGCAGAAGCACGACGGGAGGAGGCGCAUCCAGCAGGAGGGGCUGAUGAAGAUCUAUGUCUUCCAGCUCCUCACACGGGCUUCCUUCGAGGUGUGCUUCUUGAUAGGGCAGUAUCUGCUCUACGGUUUUGAGGUGGAAGCAUAUUACGUCUGCAACAGGGUCCCAUGUCCCCACACCGUGGACUGCUUUGUGUCCCGGCCCACGGAGAAGACCAUCUUCCUGCUGGUGAUGUACGUGGUGAGCUGCCUGUGCCUGCUGCUGAACAUGUGCGAGAUGUUCCACCUGGGCUUUGGCACCAUCCGCGACGCCAUCCGCAACCGCAAAAUCAACAGCUUCCGCCAGCCGCCCUACAACUACGCCUACCCCAAGAACAUCUCCUGCCCUCCCGAGUACAACCUGGUCGUCAAAUCCGAGAAGGCCACCAAGAUCCCCAACAGCCUGAUGGCCCAUGAGCAGAACUUGGCCAACGUGGCCCAGGAGCAGCAGUGCACCAGCCCUGAUGAGAACCUGCCCACUGAUCUGUCCACGCUGCACAAGCACCUGAGGGUGGCCCAGGAGCAGCUGGACAUCGCCUUCCAGAGCUACAGCAGCACCCAGGCCAACACUCAGCCCUCUCGGACCAGCAGCCCUGCCUCGGGGGGCACCGUGGUGGAGCAGAACAGGGCCAACACUGCCCAGGAGAAACAAGGUGCUAAGCCCAAGGCCUCACUAGAGAAAGGCAGCUCCAGCAGUAAAGAUGGGAAGACGUCCGUGUGGAUAUAACUGCCAGGAAGGAGUGAGAGGGGCUUUGGUUUGUUUCUGGUUUUUGGUGUUAUCUCGUGUUUGUAUUGCAGGGCGCGGUUUUUGCGUGGAAGUUGAGAAAGUGAGUGUUGGACAAAUUUUGUGCUGUCUUCCAGUUAACAAAAGACA